AUGGUUGUUGCUCCUAAGGGUAAUAAACUCAGACGCACGUUUGCUAAAGUUCUCAACAUUCAUAAGCUAACGGGUGUGGCUCCACAAGGAGAAAUGAAGAGGAUAAAGUACGAAUCCAAGAAUGCUAAUCUGUCAAAGUCUUUCUACAAGCUUGAAGAAGAGUAUGAGAGAAGUCUAGCAUUGGAAGCUCUUCUUGCGAAGCUGUUUGCUACGGUUUCUUCUAUCAAAGCGGGUUAUGCGCAGUUGCAGCAUUCUCAGUCUCCGUAUGACUCAAUCGGGAUUCAAAAAGCAGAUAACUUGGUGGUAGCUGAGCUUAAGACUUUGUCUGAGCUGAAAAAUUGUUUCUUGAAGAAACAGAUGGAUCCGAAUCCCGAAAGAACGCUGGUUCUCGCUGAGAUUCAAGAGCUGAGGAGUUUAUUGAAAACGUAUGAGAUCAUGGGGAAGAAGCUGGAGUCUCAGUAUAAGCUUAAAGACUCAGAGAUUAUAUUCCUAAGAGAGAAGCUCGAAGAAUCGACGAAACAGAACAAGUUGAUAGAGAAGAGACUUAACCAAAGCGGACAACUUUGCAAUCCUUUAGACAAUCUUCACCUAUCGGCGCUAAAUCCAACCCAUUUCGUUACUUAUCUCCAUCACACGGUAAAAUCCAUCAGAGGAUUCGUCAAGCUAAUGAUCGAACAAAUGAAACUCGCGGGAUGGGACAUUUCCUCGGCUGCUAAUUCGAUCAAUCCCGGUGUGUUCUAUUACAAGCAAGACCACAAGUGUUUCACUUUCGAACACUUUGUCUCCAAUGAAAUGUUCGAAGCGUUUCAUCUACCGUACUUCUCAACCUCAACCGAAUCAAGAAGCUACAAGAAGAAGAAAGAAAUGUUCUUCGAAAGGUUUAUUGAACUCAGGUCGAUGAAAUCGAAAGAUUUCUUGAAAGCAAAGCCAAAAUCAAGAUUCGCUCGGUUUUGUCGAGCUAAGUUCUUGCAGCUUAUACAUCCAAAGAUGGAGCAAGCUUUCUUUGGACAUUUGCAUUUGAGGAACCAAAUCUCUGCUUGUGAAUUCCCUGAGACGAGCUUGUGCUCUGGAUUUCUCGAAAUGGCGAAAAGGAUUUGGCUUUUGCAUUGCUUGGCUUACUCUUUUGAUCAUGAAGCUGAGAUCUUUCGAGUACCUAAAGGUUGUAGAUUCUCUGAAGUGUAUAUGAAGAGUGUAGCUGAAGAAGCGUUUUUUCCGACGUCGGAGAGUUCGCCGGAGUCUGAGCCACGUGUUGCUUUCACGGUGGUCCCAGGGUUUAAGAUCGGAAAAACUUCAAUACAAUGUGAGGUGUAUCUAUCGCUUCCGGUGGUGGGUUAA